AAAGGUCAAACAGCUUUUAGAAGGGACAGUGUAGUGGAAAGACAAAAUGGCUUCUAAACUUGAAGAGGAUCUCUGCUGUCCUGUGUGCUGUGACUUCUUCAAGGAUCCUGUCCUUUUGACCUGUGCUCACAGUGUGUGUAAAGCCUGUCUGCAGCAGUUCUGGGACACCAAAGGAUCCAGGGAAUGUCCCUACUGCAGGAGAAAGUGCUCAAGGGAAAUCUACCCUACAAACAUGGCGUUAAGGAACCUGUGUGAGACCUUCUUACAGGAGAGAAGUCAGAGAGCUUCAGCAGGUUCUGAGGUGCUCUGCAGUCUGCACAGUGAGAAACUCAAGCUCUUCUGUCUGGAGGAUAACCAGCCUGUGUGUUUAGUGUGUCAGACCUCAAAGAAACAUAAAAAUCACAACCUCAGUCCUGUAGAUGAAGCAGCACUGGACCGUAAGGAGGAACUCAAGAUCAAACUGGAGCCCCUAAGAUAUAAAUUCAAAACCUUUGAAGAAGUUAAACUCAUCUGUGACCAAACAGCAGUGCACAUUAAGACUCAGACCCAGCACACAGAGAAACAGAUCAAGGAGGAGUUUGAGAAGCUGCACCGGUUUCUACGAGAUGAAGAGGCAGCCAGGAUAGCUGCACUGAGGGAGGAAGAGGAGCAGAAGAGUCAGAUGAUGAAGGAGAAGAUUGAGAAGAUGAGCAGAGAGAUCUCAUCUCUUUCAGACACAAUCAGAGCCAUAGAAGAGGAGAUGGGAGCUGAUGACGUCACAUUCCUGCAGGUAACAACCGGUCCUGUUUUUCUUUGCACACUGCAGGAUCCAGAGAGGGUUUCAGGAGCUCUGAUCAAUGUGGCAAAACACCUGGGCAACCUGAAGUUCAGAGUCUGGGAGAAGAUGCAGAAGAUUGUUCAAUUCACUCCUGUGACUCUGGAUCCCAACACUGCAAAAGUCAAUGUCAUCCUGUCUGAGGAUCUGACCAGUGUGAGACAUGGUGAUGAGUGGCAGCUGCUUCCAGAUAACCCAGAGAGAUUUGAUAAGUAUCUCUGUGUCCUGGGCUCUGAGGGCUUUAACUCAGGGACACACUGCUGGGAUGUGGAGGUUGGAGAGAACACAUGGUGGGUUGUGGGUGUGAUGACAGAGUCCCUCCAGAGGAAGGGAGACUUUCCCUCCAUGAGUGGACAGUGGAGUAUGUAUUAUAAAGAUGGUAAAUAUGGAGCACGGGCUACACCACAGCCCCCUACUCUCCUCACAGUGAAGCAGAACCUCAAGAGGAUCAGAGUGCAGCUGGACUGGGACAGAGGAAAGCUGUCAUUCUCUGACCCUGGUAAUAACACACACUUACACACUCUCACACACACGUUCACUGAGAGAGUGUUUCCAUACUUUAAUGUUUCCUGUAAACUCUCUCCUCUGAGGAUGUUACCAGUGAAGGCUUCAGUGAAAGUAGAGCAGCACAGCAAGAGAUGA